GUGGUGAUAGUACAGAAGUACUUGUUAUUAGGUAUAUAAUUAAAACAAUUGCAAUUUAUUCCCACACUAACUUUAUAACUUGUUGUGCAUACAACUCUAAAAUGUAUAUUUUACUUACCGAAAUGGAAACUACUGGGUUUACGUCAUGUAAAAUUCAGGGCCUGCAUCCAACAGAUCUUUUGGCAUUAGAGACUAAACUGUCAUCUAGCAGUAUAACAUCCAUUAGACAAGAUGAUUUCUUUGAGGUGGAUACGAAUGGUGUGCGGCUUCUAAACAUAUUAGCCGGUAAUGAUUACGGAUACAGAAUCUGCAACCAGUCUAUGGCGAUAGAAAAAUCUAACAUUGGAGGGCGAACCACACAAGUACAAAAAAUCGUUUGGACUUUGUACAGAGAAAAAGAAACAAUUGUAUAAAAUAUAUUUUUAUUAAAUUCUAAUAAAAGCUUUUAAAACA